AUGUCUGCUGUUGCAGAGCAGGAGCCUGGAUUACCUGAGCAAGAGCCAGAAGGUAGUGGGAUGGGGCAGGACGCCGCACAAAUUGUCUUACAUGUGCUGCCAAUCGAAGAAGUGGUUGAUGACAUCGAUGGAACCGCAGCAUUUCUGGUUUCGCAGGCAGUCGUAAAAGCCAUUACAGAGGAAGAGCAUGGGCAGGAGGAGAUAUGGCCUGAUGUUGAGGAAAUCUGGCCCGCUGUGGAAGACUUCUGGCCUGAUAUUGACGAAGCCUGGCCUGCUCUUGAGGAGGCCUGGCCUGAGGUUGAAGAUGACUGGUAUGUCUGGAAUGCUGAGGAAGAGAUUGAUAAUCAGAAUGAGGACGAAGAUGAAGGGUACUAUAAUAAUGAAGAAGAUGAGGAGGAUGACGAGGAUGACGAGGAUGACGAGUACGACGGAUAUGAUGAAUAUGACGAGUAUGAUGAGGAUGACGAUGAUGAGGAAGACUACGAAUAUGAAGAGGAGGAGGAUAACGAAGGGGAAGAUCAGGAUGAGGUUCAGGGGAAUGAGAUCAUCCUGCAUGCCUAUUGA